AGAUAAAGCGCGUGGGGGUUAGAAAGUUAGGCGGCUUUCAAGUCCACCGAACCCAUUCUCACACGCCAAACCCAAUACACACCAAAAUUCAAUCAAACCUCGUGAACCCCAAACCCAAACCACCCACCCUUUUCCACCAUUGUUAACUGUUCCGUCUCUCUCUCUCUCUCUCUCUCUCCUCUCUUCUCUCUCCUCAAUGGAUCCUCGCAACGACGCCGUUUUCCCCGACGAAGACCUCGAGGACGACGAGGAAUCCCUCGAGGACGACGACGACGACGACGAAGAGGAGGAAUUGAACGAUGAUCCUUCUCCUUCAACUUCCUCCGCCGGCGCUGUUGCAGUUCCUUCCGUCUCCGCCGUCGUUACCGUCGCCACUCCCGGAACCAUCGACCGUCCGGUCCCCGUUGUUCCUCCUCCUUCGAUUGUCUCCAUCUCCUCCUCCGAUCUGAUCCGCCAGCGCCUCGAGACCGCUUCUGCUGAGCCUUUGACCUUGCAGUGCGAGAAGAAGCCCUUGGAUGAGUCCAGGAAGUUGUUUCAACGCCUUUGGACAGAUGAGGAUGAGAUCGAGCUUCUGCAGGGGUUUUUGGAUUACACGAUGCAGCGUGGGACGACUCAUCAUCAUCAGAACGAUACGGCGUUGUUCUACGACCAGAUCAAGUCGAAAUUACAGUUGGAUUUUAACAAGAAUCAACUCGUGGAAAAGCUACGGAGGUUGAAGAAGAAAUACCGCAACGUUAUUGGUAAGAUUAGCUCUGGUAAGGAAUUCAAUUUCAAAAGCCCUCACGAUCAAGCUACCUUUGAGAUCUCUCGCAAGAUCUGGAGCAAUACCGGCCGAAUUGGAGUCGAUGACAACGCUUUGGACGACGAGGAGCCUGCUCCGACUCCGUAUGCUAGCUACAUGGACGCUAGAAACGAAGAGAUGAUGGCGAAUUUCUCCGAAAAGAAACCCACGCCGAUUCCGAAAUCGCGGAAGCGUUCACGGCCUGGAUCGGGAUUAAGAAUGGACGGGCCGCCGCGUUCGUCCAAUGAGAAUUUGAAUAAAGAGAAAAACAGCACCUACAACAACAACAACAACGAAAAUGUCAAUCACGUAGGUGUAGGAGGAUUGAUCGAGGAAGCGGUGAGGAGCUGUCUGUCGCCAUUGUUCAAGGAAUUGUUGAGCAAUUCCAUGGGAGGAGGAGGGCUCUGUGGAAGCAGAGGGUUCAGUGGGCUGGCCUUGCAUCCAAUUCCAUUGAGCUUCGGUGGAGGAGACAUGGCGGAUGAGAGGUGGAGGAAACAGCAGAUUAUGGAGUUGGAGGUUUAUUCCAAGAGAUUGGAGUUGGUUCAGGAACAAAUUAAAACGGCAUUAGAAGACUUGAGAUCCAUGGGAGGCUGAUUUGAGGAAGCUAGCUCUGAAUGUUGAAGAACUGGCAAUUUGUAUGAGGUUUGGCUUUCUCUUCUCUCCUUUUAGUUCUUGAAACAUGUUUGAUCUGUGGUUCAUAGUGUACUUAGUGCCACCCCCUUUGGUCAAUUUGGUAGAAUAAUUGUAAAAAAUAACUUAUAAUAAAACCCCUCAUUUACAAUGUGUUUAUACCAUAGUUUUAACUGAACCCAUUAAUCAUCAUCGUCAUUCUCCUGUAUUAUUUUGUUCAUCACUUUGUUUCCAUUCAUGAAUGUAGCUCAAAGUUCUGAGAUUAUAUAUCAUAUUCUGUGUUCAUC